AUGCAGCCCUGUCUUCCUCUGCAGGACACGCUGGUGGCCGCCCCCAGCGAGCUGCUCGGGGGCUGCAGGGUGGGCUCGCCCCCCCGGGAAAGCACGGGGGCUGCCUCCCCUCUGUGUGCACACCCAGCCCUGCAGAGCUCGCCCUCGGGUCCGCGGGGCAGCUGGAUCAGGUCCCUGGUCCUGUGUGUGUGUGUGGCACCCCAGCCCCCGGGGCAUGAGGCCACGGGCCACCAGCCCUCCCGCUCGGAGCCCGUAAAUCGCUCCUGCAGGGCCCCCGCCCAGACUCAGCACCAGCGUGUAGCUAAAUGGUACUAUUAG